AUGCAAGCAGUACUCCUUCCGGUUAUAUCCUUCGUUUCUAUUUUGUUGAGCGUGGUGCCACUGGUACUGCACUGGAACAACCGCAACGUGGCUGCCAGCAGCUUGAUCUGCUGGUACAUGAUUCUCAACGUCUUCAACAUAAUCAAUGCCAUACUUUGGCCUACCGAUGACGUGAGUUCUUGGUGGGACGGUAAGGGGCUAUGUGAUUUUGAGGGCAAGAUUAUGAUUGCGAGUUACAUUGCUGUUCCUGGGACGCUCGUUUGUAUCUUUCGCAGUUUGGCCUGCGUGCUGGACACCAGGCGUGCAGCUUUAGUCCCUACCAAGUCGCAGCGGUGGUGGAAUCGUGGAAUGACUCUUCUGUUCUGCUUCAUAGCCCCCGCAAUCGCAACCGUCACGCAGAUCAUCUACCAGGGGGGGCGUUACUUUCUUUUUGCUAUUUCUGGUUGUGUCAACAGCUACGAUGAAACCUGGGUGACCCUGGUCCUGGCCUAUAUCUGGCCGCUGGUCAUUUGUCUGAUCGCUGGCUACUACUGCGUGAUCGUUCUGCAUCGUCUCAGCAAGUAUCGAAGUCAAUUCGGAGACAUACUCCAAUCCUCGAACAGCAACAUGAACAAAUCUCGAUUCGUGCGGCUUUUCUUGCUCGCCUUUCUCAUGCUGUUGGCCAUUAUCCCUGUCCAGACCUUCGUUGUGUGUACCAACAUCCUGCGUACCCUCCCGUGGCAUGCGUACUCCUGGGAUCGUGCCCAUCCUCCCACCUGGAACGUGAUUAUCAAAGUCCCCACGAUGGGCGAGGUAUACUUCGACCGCUGGAUUCCAGCCGCAUCGGGCUUCAUGUUCUUCAUUUUUUUUGGCAGCGCUGCUCUUCAAUUGGAAAUGGACAUCCGCAGCCAGGUAAGGCCCUCCACAGCAGAGUAUAAAGCCAGCCCCAGCCCUAACUUUCAUAGAACAAAUGUCAACAACACCAUGCACCCGCAACCCAUAGGUCACAACACCCAAGACGUUGAAAAAGGGGUCACGCCUCAGAGCAAGCAACCUGCGCGCACUCCAUGGUACAAGCGUGCGUGGCGACUUAAAGGGUCUCCUAGCAGAGAUAGGAUGCUCCCCCUCCACCACUUGGCCGAGACAACUGCAAACACAGUCUCGACCAAUGCCUGGGCAGGCGUGAGCCGAAGCCGGAACAGUAGCGACCUUGGAAGCCCCCCGCUCAAGGACGACCACAUCCGAGUCAAGCAGGUCAUCACCCAGCAGAGCGAGAUGUAUGCUUAG